AUGGAGAUCCGAGUUUAUAUAUACCUAGUCAGUCGAUGAAUACAUGCUUACAGGGAGCUUGGAUUUUUUCUUACUUACCAGCAAGAAGGAAUCUAAUCUAAUCUUUUUUUAGUUUGGAUUGUUACGAGGUUCUUGAAUAAUCGAUUCUCUUGUGCUCCCCGAAAGAAUAACAUAGUUAAGACAACAAUGGUCGGAGUAGUCACAGUUGACAAACUCGCCGUGAGCGAUGGCCCUCUUCAACCCGAGGACAUCGCAUAUCUCAGACCUUCUGACCCCAACAUCACGCCCAUCGACGAGCUCCGCAACCGAUACAACGAAGACGGCUACCUCUUCCUAAAACAACUCCUCCCUCGUGAAGACGUGCUCAAAGCCCGCGAGAGGUACUUCAAUCUCGUCGCUCCGACUGGCGUGCUUGAAGAAGGCACGAAGCCCGUCGAAGGCAUCUUCAACUCGAAGCGCUCCAUCCAUGACUUUCCAGGAAUCGGCGCGGGCGCUGUAGGGGGGAAUGGCCGUCCGGGAGGAGAUAGCGCGAAGCAAUUCGUCGAUUUAGCUCUCGAAGCGCACUAUAAAGAUUGGUAUGCGGAGGAACUGUGUAGACAUCCGGCGCUGGAGAACUUCGUGGCUGAAUUUACUGGUUGGGGUAAGAAUACUCUGCCUGUGAGGAGGACGUUGUUGAGGAAUAAUAUACCGACUUCGAAGCCGAUUGGUGUGCACUAUGAUCAGAUCUUUUUGAGAUAUGGAGAGCCCACGGCUGUGACGGCGUGGGUGCCUAUUGGGGAUGUGAAGGUUAAUGGUGGUGGUUUGAUUUAUCUUGAAGAUGGCGACUCUCUCGGCCGCGAGAUCGAAGAUGAAUUCACCCGGAAAGCCAAAGAAAGUGGACUCACCGACGAGGAGGCCCGCUCGGGAUUCAACCAGAAUAUGAUGUCGACAGGCAUGCUGUCUGAAUAUCCCAAGGAGUUCGCGAGGGAACAUAAUCGCCGCUGGUUAGUAUCCGCGUACGAAGCAGGCGAUGUUGUUCUUCAUAAGGCUCAUGCGAUCCACGCUUCGACCGUUAACCAUGACCCUGACAAUGUGAUUCGACUGGCAACCGAUCUCCGAUUCUGUGAUUCUUCAAGACCAUACGAUAAGCGGUGGAUGAACUUCUACGCGUUUGGAGACGGUGUCUAGCUGUCGGGACAUUUUAUUGAUAUGAUGCAUUGCAUGGCCGUUAUGGCUAAUGACUUGAGGAUCUUUACAAUUGUAAACGAUGGAACUGGUUUCAAGAAUGCCUAGAGCGCCUUAUUCAAUCUCCUAGGCUUCUACUCGGAGCACCCUUUGCUAUGGAGGGUUGACGAAAUAUGCUGUUUACUAGUGGCGUUAUACAAUAUACUGAUUUGAUCCACAUGGACAU